AGCCGGGAUCGAGGACGCCGCGCACAGAGAAACCAUCCUCUGUCAGCUUUUACGGCACCAGAAGAAACUGGACCCCCGCUGCGGCGUGCAAAUGGAGCGCAGGGUGAGCCGGAAGUACUCUCUGGGAUCGUCAAUGGAUUUGGUGAAGCCAAGGAAGGAUCUGUUUCGCCAGAGCGUCCUGCCCCGCCUCCAUCGCGCCGACAAAAAACACUGCCUCUCCGCGUCCUGCUCACAGCUCCGCCCCCUGGAUGAGGACCACGCUUCCGGCGCAGCGGACGGCUGUCGGGAGAGCAAGCGCAGCAAGAGGAGGAGUGUCACUGCAUACCUGAGCCAGCUGAAGGUGUUUGGCAGUCGCAAGGAAAUGGACUCCCUGAAGAAGGAGCUAGAGGAGGAGCUCAAGCUCAGCACCGAGGACCCCAGGAGCCACGCCUGGUACCACGGGCCCCUGACCCGAGAGAGUGCUGAGGCUCUCUUUGAAAGAGACGGAGACUUCCUGGUCCGAGACUCCAGCUCGUCGAAGGGUGAUUACGUCCUCAGCUGUUUCUGGAGGGACGAACCCAUGCACUUUAAGAUCAUACGUGUGGUCCUGCGACCCAAAGAGGGUUACUCUCGGGAGUUGUUCCAGUUCGAGGAAGAUCGCUUCGACAACGUCCCUGCUCUCAUCCGCUUCUACGUGGGUGGGCGGCGGCCUAUCUCUCAAGCAUCGGGCGCCAUCAUUUUCCACCCGCUAAACAGGACGACUCCCCUACGCGUCAUCGUCGAGCGGCAAGAGGCCGAGAGUAAAGCCGACGGCGGCCCCGCGGGAGCGAAGUCCCAAUCGGAGCGCAGAAAGCGUCUGAGCUUCAGCAGCACUCUGAGCGACGGCCUAAUGGUCAACCCUCUGCUGAGGAGUGGAAGUCAGCCCGCCAACAUGGAGGAUGUCGGAUGCAGGCCUUUGCUCCAGACAGCCCAGUCUGACGGCAACCUGAGAACUGGUGCUCCUCAGAACACAAAGCCACAGGCCACAGGCCCCGCCCCUAUCUCCCCAGUGUUCCGCACAGGAAGUGAACCGCUGCUCAGCCCGAAGCCAUGGCAAACACGGCCCUGUUAUCCGGGCGGUGGCGUGACAUUGCGAGGCUCAGACGGGCAGCUUCACUCCAGAGCGCCACCGAAACCUCUCAGGAUCUCUGCCAUCUUCCCCAAAAACCUCUGUCCCCCUCCGCCGUCGUACCGGCACCAGGACCCGUCGGCUUUCUACGACGAGCUGGUGGUUCAGGUGCCUCAGUCUCGGCGGAAAGGUCACGUGGACCGACUAAAAGCGGAGGAGAAGUGGCAGAGCCGGGCGAGGAUCACAGAGACCUCGUUUGGCUUCCUGGAGGCCGACAACAACGAGGCCGCGUCACGUCUGCUCCCGGACAAGGACUGCUUUGAACCUCCACAGAUGGAGAGCAGCUCGUGCUUCCGGUUGGACCGGUUUGAGUCGCUGCUGUUGCCGGACAACAACCGACCGCUGGAGCCCAGCGUCCUGCUGGCCCUGAAAGAACUCUUCAACCGCUCGGACCCCAAAACCACCGCCCUGCACAUGCUCAGCGUGGACUGCCAGGUGGCACGUAUUGUGGGAGUGACGGACGAGCAGAAGAGGAUUAUGGGGGUGGGAUCGGGCCUGGAGCUCGUCACCCUGCCUCACGGGCGCCAGUUACGACAAGACCUGCUGGAGAGGCAUCAUCUGAUAGCGCUGGGCGUGGCCGUGGACAUCCUGGGCUGCACCGGCACCGUGAGCCAGAGGGCGACCGUCUUGCACAAGUUCAUCCUGCUAGCCCAGGCCCUGAAAGACCACGCCCACAACCUCUACGCCUUCUCCGCCUUCAUGAAGGCCCUGGAGAUGCCUCAGGUGCUGCGGCUGGAGAUGACGUGGCGGGCGCUGAGGAGGAACCACACGGAGAGCGCCAUCCUGUUUGAGAAGACCCUCAAGCCUUUCAUGAAGUCGCUCGUCGAGCGAGACGACUCGGUGGUUGGAGGUCCCGUGGCCGUACCUCACCUGGUUCCUUUGCUGAUGCUCAUGGAGGGCGAGGACCCCGUGGAGAACAGCGAGCGAGGCUGCGAGCUCCUCUACGACGUCCUCCAGAGCGCUCGCCGCACCGCGCUGCACGCCCGCGACCACCAGCAGCACGCACACACUCUGCUCACAGGGUGGACGCCCAUCCCCGAGAUGCUGGAGGCGCUGGGCACAGAGUUCGCCCUGCGUCUCUUCUGGGGUCAGUCGGGGGCGCAGGCCGACAGGAUGGAGCGCUACGACAAGUUUGACAAAAUUCUUUGCGUGCUCUCGGACAAACUGGAGCCCGUGGAGAUCAGCGCCAAGCAGCCCCAACAACUUACCUGAUCCAAAAUGUGACGUAGAAGAAAAGCGAGCAGGUUGGCGGUAAAACCACACCUUCUACCUCGUUUGCAAAGACCAACCACUGAAAAACUUUUUUUUCUUAAAAGCACGGUGGACAAGUGGCUAAUACGUCUGCUUCGCAGUCAGAAGAUCCGGGUUCAAACGUACUCCCACAUUCCAAAAACAUGUUGUGUAAUAAUUGUAAAUAAUAUUUGUCCUGCUGAUGACAGUCUUGAGUGUCUGCUCUCUCUGCCCUCAGCUGGGAUAGGCUCCAGCUUUUAGGUAGGAGUUCGAACACUAUGCUAGAUGUGGACCACCUAGGCCCCCCCUUUUGGGGAUAAUACAACACUGAAUUUUAUUGGUGCUGUUCACAUUUUUAAGUUAUUCUAAAUGACAUUUCCUGACCAGUGAUGUCACCCAGACCCCCCCCCCCCCC